GUGUCCUUUCAACAGGGGAGAAGGCGGAGGACACGCGUUCAAUAUAUAGGUGACCGAAAAAGGUGCAUUGCAUCAAGUCAGACUCAGAGGUCUUCAUGCUCUAUAAAAAGGUGCACUAGGAAGUCUUAAAGGUAAAGAUGAUCGACUAUAAAGUUGUCCCAUGUCCUUCUUUGGGACACACAGAGGAGGAGGAGGAGGACAAUGAGCAGCAGGAAUUGUUGUUGAGUGGCAUCAAGAGAGUUGUUGCCCUUCCAAAAUUGUUGGAUGUCAAAUUUGUGUGCGAGGACGUGCGCAAGGUGCGCGCAAACCGAACACUGUUGGCGAGUGGGAGCGAGUACUUCCUAGAGCUAUUCUACGGGGACAUGAAAGCGAGCUGCGCGGACAUGACGAUACCUCUUCCGAGCGUGAAGGCUGACAGUCUGCAGGUUGUAGUCGAUUACCUUCAUGGUCGUCCGUUUCGAUGGAACAAGGACAGUUCAUGGGACAUUCUGGUGGACACGUACCUUUUAGCGGACGAGUAUCAGGUGAAAGGGUUGUGCAAGCGAGUCCUGCGCUUGGUACCCACACUGAGAUAUCCCGGGGAGUUGGGGGACCUGCUGAACGCAGCGGUUCCCAGGCAAGCAACAGCCAUCCUAGAGGCCGCUUUGAAGGUUACCGUAGCAAGCAAUGACGUGACGGUCAACUCCGGGUAGCUCAUGGGUGGGGCCAAGGCUAGCAUCAAGUAC